AUGCUGAAACUGAGAAUUGAGGCGAAACUGUUUUAUCAGAAAGAAGUGGGUAAUGGCAGACACAUCUCUUUCUGGUUUGAUACUUGGUUAAUGAGAGGUCCUCUCUGGGAUUUAUUAGGCCUGAGAGGUAUUAUUGAUAUGGGAGUUAGUAGAUAUGUAACAUUGGAGGAUGUGGGUCGUAAUAGUCGAAGAAGGAGGAGACACCGUACUGAUUUGCUCAAUGAUAUUGAAGGUGAACUUAGUAUCAUUGUGAGUAAGUUGCGUCCGGAGAAAGAAGAUGUCAGUAUCUGGAGAGGAAAAUCAGGAUUUAAGAAGACAUUUUAUUCACAUGAAACUUGGCUACUACUUCGGGAGAGCAAGCCUAAAUUCACUUGGGCAUGUGGUGUUUGGUUUCCCCAACACAAGCCUAAGUAUGCUUUUAUUAUCUGGCUUUCGAUGAAGAACAUAUUAUCUACUUUGAACAGAGUUGCAAAAUGGAGUCAAGGCGUUGUCACCACUUGUAUUCUUUGUAAAGCGGCUAUAGAGACGAGGUCACAUCUGUUCUUUGAUUGUGGGUAUUCUUCUCAGAUAUGA